CGCUGCGCUUGUGGCGGCGGCGGCGGCGGCGGCGGCGGCGGAGUGGGACACGGGAGGUGGGAGCAGGGGGACCGGAAUGGACGUUUCGGGGCAGGAGGCGGACUGGCGGAGCGCCGCCUUCCGGCAGAAGUUGGUCAGUCAAAUCGAGGAUGCCAUGAGAAAAGCUGGUGUGGCCCACAGUAAAUCCAGCAAGGAUAUGGAAAGCCAUGUAUUCCUGAAGGCCAAGACACGGGAGGAAUACCUUUCUCUUGUGGCCAGGCUCAUUAUCCAUUUCCGAGACAUUCAUAACAAGAAAUCUCAAGCUUCUGUCAGUGACCCUAUGAAUGCCCUACAGAGCCUGACUGGCGGACCCGCUGCAGGAGCAGCCGGAAUUGGCAUGCCUUCUCGGGGCCCAGGACAGUCCCUAGGUGGGAUGGGAGGCCUUGGUGCCAUGGGGCAGCCAAUGCCUCUCUCUGGACAGCCGCCCCCCGGCACCUCAGGGAUGGCCCCUCAUGGCAUGGCUGUUGUGUCCACGGCAACUCCACAGACCCAGCUGCAGCUCCAGCAGGUGGCGUUGCAGCAGCAGCAACAGCAGCAGCAGCAGUUCCAGCAGCAGCAGGCGGCAUUGCAGCAGCAGCAGCAGCAGCAGUUCCAGGCUCAGCAGAAUGCCAUGCAGCAGCAGUUCCAGGCAGUGGUGCAGCAGCAGCAGCAGCAGCUCCAGCAGCAGCAGCAGCAACAGCAGCACCUGCUUAAAUUGCACCAUCAAAACCAGCAACAGAUACAGCAGCAGCAGCAGCUGCAGAGGAUGGCACAGUUGCAGCUGCAGCAACAGCAGCAGCAGCAGGCUUUGCAGGCCCAGCCGCCAAUGCAGCAGCCACCAAUGCAGCAGCCACAGCCUCCCCCCUCCCAGGCCCUGCCCCAGCAGCUGCAGCAGAUGCAUCACCCACAGCACCACCAGCCACAGCCACAGCCUCAGCAACCACCAGUGGCUCAGAACCAACCAUCACAGCUCCCGCCACAGUCACAGACCCAGCCUUUGGUGUCGCAGGCUCCGGCCCUACCUGGACAGAUGCUAUACCCCCAACCUCCGCUGAAGCUUGUCCGAGCUCCGAUGGUGGUGCAGCAGCCCCAGGUGCAGCCACCGGUGCAGCAGCAGACAGCGCCGACAGCUCAGGCCCCCCAGAUAGUGGGUUCUGGAGUCCAGAUGAUCGCCGAAGCCUUGGCCCAAGGCGGGAUGCAAGUAAGAGCCCGGUUCCCGCCCACCACCGCUGUGUCUGCCGUCCAGUCAAGCUCCAUCCCUUUGGGCAGAGAGCCCUCAGCACAGCUCCGGCCCUGCCCGUCCCCCAGUAGCUUCCUGCCGAGCCCCUCACCACAGCCCUCCCAGAGUCCAGUGACAGCGCGCACCCCGCAGAACUUCAGUGUCCCCUCCCCGGGACCUUUAAACACCCCCGUGAACCCCAGCUCAGUCAUGAGCCCAGCGGGCUCCAGCCAGGCCGAGGAGCAGCAGUACCUGGACAAGCUGAAGCAGCUGUCCAAGUACAUCGAGCCCCUACGCCGCAUGAUCAACAAGAUCGACAAGAAUGAAGACAGAAAAAAGGACCUGAGUAAGAUGAAGAGCCUUCUGGACAUCCUGACUGACCCCUCCAAGAGGUGCCCUCUGAAAACUCUGCAGAAGUGUGAGAUCGCCCUGGAGAAACUCAAGAAUGACAUGGCGGUGCCCACGCCCCCACCACCCCCGGUACCACCAACCAAGCAGCAGUACUUGUGCCAGCCGCUCCUGGAUGCCGUCCUGGCCAACAUCCGCUCGCCCGUCUUCAACCAUUCCCUGUACCGCACAUUCGUGCCAGCCAUGACGGCCAUCCAUGGCCCACCCAUCACGGCACCGGUGGUGUGCACCCGGAAGCGGAAGCUUGAAGAGGAUGAGCGGCAGAGCAUCCCCAACGUGCUCCAGGGGGAGGUGGCCAGAUUAGACCCCAAGUUCCUGGUGAACUUGGACCCUUCUCACUGCAGUAACAACGGCACCGUCCACCUGAUAUGCAAGCUGGAUGACAAGGACCUCCCGAGCGUGCCACCCCUGGAGCUCAGUGUGCCCGCCGACUACCCCGCCCAGAGCCCACUGUGGAUCGACCGGCAGUGGCAAUACGACGCCAACCCCUUCCUGCAGUCGGUGCACCGAUGCAUGACCUCGAGGCUGCUGCAGCUCCCCGACAAGCACUCAGUUACAGCCCUGCUCAACACCUGGGCGGAGAGCAUCCACCAGGCCUGCCUCUCGGCUGCCUAGCCACCACCACUGCUGCAUCUCGGGCUGCCAGCCCACCAGGGACCACGGGUCGGCUGGCAGCCUGUUGGGGCCACAGAGGACACACACCUUGUGUCGGACCCUUCUAGGUGUUGGCUCCCUAGAGCCUGGGCUUAGGUUAGCUUUCCUGCUUUUAUCUUCUGCCUUGGGGACCUACCAAGCGUUCCCCACACUUGAACCGGACGGGACAGGUACCGGACGGGACGGGCUCUGGAGUCCUCUGUGGUAGGAGUGGCAGACACGCCCCGGGCCUGCGCUCCUCAAGCUGCUGUCCCUUUGGCACCUGCAGGGCCCCUGUCCUCCCUGACUCCCAGGGAGAAGUCAGGGCCCUGCUACAGCCCUUGUGUGUGUGCCAGAAAACACUCCCCCCGUUUCUGUAGGAAACCCUGAAGACACACAGAAUUCUCUGCUCAGUGUUGGGUUCACAUGGGGCCUGCCGCAGGGAGGCUCCCGCAUCCAGGGGCACCCGUGUGUCUCAAAGGAAGUCUGGCCUGUGGAUAGUUGCAAGUCACAACUACCAGCUGGACCUCACACCUCACGGCAUGUUCCCUUCAAGCCCUGGGGCCUGCUCAGCACUGGGGGUCCUGGGGAGCAGAGCAUUCUGGGGGAGCCCUGUCCCUGGCACCAUGUGCACUAGCUGGGCUCACUUUUGGGUCAGGGUGCCAUCCUCUGGACCUGGUAUCCUCAGAGCCACUCUGGAGCGGGAGGGCUCCCUGGUGAAGCAUCAGCCAGCCCUCUGGUUCAGAGGUUCCCCCUUUUGUAUGUGCACUACUCUACCUUCUGUGGUUCUUACAAUAAAUUUAUUAUUCCUGUG